UAAAGAGUGAGGCAGGCUUCCACAGAACAUCAUUCAACUCUGAACUAGUCCACUGACAAUCAGCAAAAUGUUCAAACUGUUCAUCUUCGCUUGCUUCCUGGCCUUCGCGGCUGCUAAGCCCAGCGUCCUUCUCAGCUCGUACACGGCUCCCGUCGCGUACACCGCGCCCGUCGCGGCUGCCUACACCGCUCCGCUGGCCUACUCAGCCUACACCGCACCAGUAGCAGCCUACUCCGCCUACACAUACGCCUCACCCUACGCCGCUUACUACCUCCGACGUUAAAUAAUUUUAUGCGGAAAUAUGUAUCCACUCUAUCUGCCGAAAUAAACAAACCGAUAUACUUGC